CGCGCGGCGCCACAAAAAGUCAUCACCCUGAUAGCUGCCAUGACAGCUCUCACCCCGAGGGAAGCAAACGUCGAGAAGAAAGUUUUAUUUUCCUGCUGUGCGGGAUCAAAGUGAGCGAGGGGACGUUUUUGGAGACAACCGAACAACAAACCGACAACAAACCGACAACAAACCGACUGAGGGGAGCGGAGCAACACGUUACACCAAAAUGGCAACCCCCUAUGUCACAGAUGAUUCUGGGAAAUACAUUGCUUCCACACAGCGACCUGAUGGAACAUGGAGGAAGCCACGACGAGUGAAGGAUGGUUAUGUCCCCCAGGAGGAAGUGCCAGUCUAUGAAAACAAGUAUGUGAAGUUUUUUAAGAGCAAACCAGACCUGCCUCCUGGGAUGAGCCAGUCUGAGGACGCUCCAACCAAGCAGCAAAAGAUCCCUGGCUGCGGGGACAGCGACAACGCCGGUCUCUCAAAGUCUGCCAAACGAAACAUGAAACGUAAAGAGAAACGAAAACAGCAGAAUCAGGGCCAGGACGAGGACCCCGAUGUGGACUUGGUGAGCGACGCUGUCGAGAACGUGUCAAUAUCAGAGGGCGGGGAGUCUUCAGACAAGACAGCAGCAGCGGCGCCGGAGUCAGUCUCUUCCACCGAUGAUUCCUCAGCAGCAGCCGAAAAGGCCAAGAAGAUCAAAAACCUGAAAAAGAAGCUGCGACAAGUCGAGGAAUUGCAACAGAAAGUGGACUCAGGGGAAAUUAAAGAGCUGACAAAGGAUCAGAUGGAAAAGCUGGCUCGGGCACUGGCUUUGAAAGAGGAGCUACAGGAGCUCGAGCGUGAUUCUUGAAGCAAUUAAAGGAAAGCCGAAAGAUUCAGACAGACUAAACAUACUGAAAGACAGCGAAGGGACCUUUACAGCUCCGUCAUCAUAGCUUCCUUUAAGAUAAAAAAAAAAAUUCUACCUGUUUGAUAUUCAUCAUGAACUCUGGACGAGACCUCAGACUCGGCAUGUCUUAAGCUGAGAAUAACAAGACGCUUAUGUAGCAGGCAACACAUCUCCAGAACUGACAAGUCUGUUUUCUAGUUUUACAUUAUAAUGACUCCUGCUCAAACACUUUAACUGGCCAGGUCACUCAUUUAUAAAUAUCUUUUAAAGACAUCAUUGUGAUUGUUUUGUGUUAGUCUGUCCUCUCCAUUUUUGUACCUUUUCAUAGCAUCAUCAGGUAUUACUGACACAUGAAAUUGUUCCAGAGAAUAGAUUUUGUUUGCUCUGAGAAUCAACACUCUUGAAGUCGCACUAAUGUCGAGGAACUGUCUUUACAUCAAUUAAAAAUACAUGCUGCAUCAGGUGUUUAUGUCAUGUUGCUUUUUGGUAGAAGAGUGGACAGGAACUCUGUGAGUUACCUGAAUGAAAGUAUUUCAGAAGUCAGGACGUAACUUUUUUUAACUUUUUUUGUUGUGAUUGGAUCAUUUGGAAACAUGUACAAUUAAUGUAUACAGCUUAUGAAGUUGUAUAUUUUCGUUUUGUCACAAGACAAACCCAAAAGUAUUAUGUGUAAUCACAGCCAGAUACAGUUUUAUUGCACGGUGCCACAGAGCUUCACCACACUGAGCCACACUGCUGCAGAGGAUGACAGGUUCCUUUACCCUAAUGAACAUGGACCCCUUUUUAUAUUAUUUGAACUCAAAUACACCAUACUGAUGUCCUAAAUACUUACCACAGUCAAAAAAAACAAAACACCAUUUACUUCUGUUUCUACAGUGCCCGGCUGAUUAAGGAACCGGCUGAGCCUUUUUUUUUUAAAUAAAGCUUAAAAAAAACUGCUAUGUGUUUAAAAGAUGUUUGUUUUCAGUAGAAACACACUCAUAGAGAAUAAAUGUCAAUCUCAAUAAAAAAUAUAAAACCUGAA